AUGGAUUGUUUACCCGACGAGGUGCUGUUGCGGUGUCUUGAAUUUUGUGAUGGGUCUACUGGGGUUCGUGUGAUUUGCAAACGGCUCUGCUUGCUAAGAAACGAGGCAUUCAGGCACAGAGUGCUGCAUAUCUUCCCUCUCAGUCACCCGCUGUGGCAGAGUGCGAGGAUGGUCGAGUUGUUGGCUGGGUACGUUCGAUGGCUGGACCCGGUGCGGAGGGAGUCGCGGCUGCUACUAUACCGCGGAGUGGUAGGUGCUGGCGCUGGCGCUGGCGCUGACACAAGAUUCCCAGAGUACAUCUGUGAUUCGUGGGAGAUCCUAUUCAACGUUCUAACUAAACCGGCUCCACUGUACAACACAGUGGGGCCCUUUAUGGUUUCCAACGAGCUCUUACUGGAUUCCUCGUUUGUUGUGCCUAGGGAGGAGGAGAAAUGCAUGCCGCUAAACGUGUGGAUCUACUUAGAGGACGUCCGGUACGUCAAGCUAAUGACCAAGAUCGUCACAGAAGUGUACUCGAAGAGCACAAACUCAACAGAGGUGUUCUUCUUCGCGGGAUACUUGGAUGACUGGAUCAGGGACCCAGGUAUCUACUGCAUCAAACUGGGCAACCUGCCCAAAACGUUUAUGAGAACCGCAUCAGGAUCACACGUCCCCUUGAAAAUUAAGUCGUACUUUGGGUACGAGGAUACAGCCCCAGUGCACGACGGGAAAUUGAAGUUACUCGGGUUCAAUUUCAACCCGUACCCGCAGUUCAAACCGUGGUUGUUCUUCAAGAUCUCGCUGGAACAGGAACGGUACAUUUUCAACUGGUGGGAAUCCAACAUCGGACAAGAGCUCGCGGAGUUAACUAAACAGGUAGCGGACACACCGGAUGGGACACAGGCUCUGCUGGGGGGCCGCUAA